CAUAACAGAGAAAUGAAGAACAAAACAAGACAAAUAGAGUUUAUUCUUCUAGGACUAACAGAUAAUUCUCAGUUACAGACUGUAAUUUUCAUAUUUCUAUUUCUAAAUUACAUGCUGUGUUUGAUAGGCAAUGUAACUAUCAUUGCCCUCACUCUGCUAGAUUCUCAUCUGAAGACCCCAAUGUAUUUUUUCCUCCGAAAUUUCUCUUUCCUGGAAAUUUCAUUCACUACUGCUUCCAUUCCCAAAUUCCUCGCUACCAUUGUAACCAGAGAAAGGACUAUUUCCUAUAAUGGUUGUGUAUCUCAGUUGUUUUUUUAUGUAUUCUUGGGGGUUACAGAAUUUUUCCUUUUGGCGGCUAUGUCUUAUGAUCGCUAUGUUGCCAUCUGUAAACCUUUGCAUUAUACAUCCAUCAUGAGUAACAAAGUUUGCCACCAGCUUAUACUGAGUUCUUGGAUAACUGGAUUCCUGGUCACUUUCCCACCACUAAUUUUAGGCCUGAAUCUGGAUUUCUGUGGUUCAAAUGUAAUUGAUCACUUCAUUUGUGACAUAUCUCCUUUUUUGCAACUUUCUUGCUCAGAUACACACUUACUAGAACUAAUUGCAUUUUCCUUAGCUGUGAUGACACUCAUUGUCACACUGUUAUUAAUAGUGCUUUCUUAUUCUUACAUCAUCAGGACAAUUCUAAAAUUUCCAUCAGCUCAGCAAAAGAAAAAAGCCUUUUCCACCUGCUCUUCUCACAUGAUUGUCGUCUCAAUGACUUAUGGUAGCUGUAUAUUUAUCUACAUAAAGCCAUCAGCAAAUGAAAGAGUUACUGUAAGCAAAGGAGUUGCUGUGCUCAAUACUUCAGUUGCCCCUUUACUGAACCCAUUCAUUUAUACUCUGAGAAAUCAGCAAGUUAAACAAGCUUUCUGGGUUGUAUUCAGAAAGAUAUUACCUGCAUUAGACAAGUAA